UUUUGCCCGGCACUGUAUCUGGCCUUGAUGCUUUGAGCGGUAUCUCAAUGUCCUCUGUACAGUCGCCUGAUGGUGAAUUUGCUGCACAGACCACACCGUACACCGUAGAUUCACUUGGCAGUACCCUGCAGGAUGAAUUAUAGAUAGGGGAGACUUUUGCAGGGGGUGCGUCAUGCUGACUCACUGCAUGAUUUUGUGUGUGCGUGCGCGCGUGCAUGCACGCGGAGAGGUGGUGGAGACACAGCAUCAAUGUAAGGUGAACACUUAAUGUAUUUAAAAUGGAGGAGAUGAAUGGAGCAGAGGAAUGAGGCAGGACAGUGGCAAUUGCUUAUGUAGCGCAAAGAUCGUUGGCAUGGCAACUCACCCAUCUUGCACAGGCACACACAUGCACACACACACACACUCAUACUGACAACAUCACGCCUCUUAAAACCACAAACAAGACCUUUUCUCUUGUCAUAUUGUCUGCCUUCCCUGCCAUUUUUAGUGAGAUUCAUACAGAUGGGAAUCCUGCUAAAAUGCCGCAGUGUCAUUUCGGGGCAGUAAAAAGCACUGUAAUGGCUGCACUGCAUUACCUCACCGACCUCCCCCACAUCUCCCUUUGACGGAAGAUCGAUGAGGUACCCUGAAAAAUUGAAACCUGCCCAGAAAAUUUGUGACACUGUAAUUUGUAGCUCCCAUUUGUUGUGCAAAGCCCAAAAUAGCCUCUUCUUUCUAUGUCCGCUGCCAUGAAUCACAUGGUGCCGGUCUCACAGAGAGCCGUCAGCCCUCCAUCCACCACUCUGUCUUUUUAAUGGAACAUUCUAAGUAUUCACUUCUGUUAUUUUUAGCUUGUCAUCUCUUUUGACCCGCCCCCACCACCCCACAUACUCACUUGGGUCUACUUUGUCACCUUCCCUGUUUACAUGUAUAAGUUCUCUAACUUGUGCUUUGUGUGCCAUGUUCACUGGAAUGUACGGAAAGCACACCAAGAAUGACUUCAACAGAGGCAUGCUCUCUGAACAUAAGGACAAACUUAUCCGAGCUAUUAAAAGAAUCCAGCAUGAAGUGGAUGAGUGCAGGGAGGCAGAGAGUGAGACGUACAUCGACUCAGUACAACUAGAGAGUCAGUUCGACGAACUGGAACGAGAGAUCCGAGCCGAGUUCGGGAACCUCCAUCGCUUCCUGGAUGAGGAGGAGUACAAGGAUCUCGAGCGCUUGAAGCAGGAGCGAGGUAAAUUCCUGAUGGGACUGAAGAAGAGGGAGGAUGACAUCUACCAGCAACGGAAGGACCUGGAGAGAGCCAUGGCCGUGCUUAACAACAAACUGGCUGAGGAAGAGAGCAUCAACAUGCUCAAAGAUAUCCAAGAUCUUAUUAAAAGAUCUCAGGUCAGAUUUGUCCUCCCUCCAGAAGUGGACAGUGAACUGCUCUCAGGCCACUUUGUGGGACCCAUACAGUACAGAAUAUGGAAGCGCAUGAAAAGCUGCCUUUACCCAAAUAUUACACGGGUGACGUUCGACCCAGAGACGGCCCAUCCUCUCCUCUCCGUGUCCCCAUCCUGCACAUCAGUGCGCUUUGACGACGCUAAAGACAUGCCAAAAUGCUGCCGGGACAACCCCAAACGCUUCCACCACUACUACUGCGUGCUGGGCCGCGAGGGCUUCAGUGUGGGGCGACACUACUGGGAGGUGGAGGUGGGCCGGAAAACGGCGUGGAGGUUGGGCGUGGCACGGGCCGACAUACCCCGAGGGGAGAUAGAGGCCACGGGCACGUCCAGUGGUCUUUGGACUUUGGCCCUGAAGAACGGAGACAUCUUGGCUUGCACCGAUCCCACACCCGUCAGGGUCAAUGUGCCGCUUCGCCUGGCUCGCGUCGGUGUAUUUCUGGACUGUGAAAAGGAGGAGGUUUCUUUCUAUAACGCUGAGAAUAUGGCGUCUGUCUACACAUUCACCAUGGGAACUCUCCUGCUUCCUUUGUACCCCUUCUACAAUCCGUGUGACACUGACGAUGGCAGGAACACGGCUCCCAUUAACAUCUUUAGCCCAUCACUAUGACUGAGGGCUUUGUUCACCAUAGCAAUGUUGUUUUCGUCAACAGUAAUGAAAUAAUAUCAUUGACACCUUUAUUUUUCAUGACUAACUCUUGGAAGACGAAAUCGAAGUGCGUGAGUCGAAGUGCGAGACGUCAGCGGGUGUUCUGUCAAACAUUCAAAAUGCACGCCCAUCGCAUUCCAAUUGUUCAAAAAGGAGAGCCUGCUCACUUUAGGAUAUAUAACACAACUGUAAAUAUGUUUCGACAAUCUGUUUGAGAUAAAUUUCCUAUUUUCAGAUUUCCAUAACAGCUGGUGCGAUUGGGAUGCUAGCUAGCUUCUAGCUCAAGUUAGUUGUGCUAGCAUCAAUGCACGAACGUGUGUGUUAGCUACUGUUAAGUUGUGGACAAAAUUUUAGACUUGUUGCUGGCCCAACAUAAAAUAAGGAACAGAUACAACCAAUAGUACAGAUACUUUACACUUUUGGCCAUUGCAUCAGAAAGCUCCUUCCGCCACUCUGACGCCAUUGUGUUUUUUUUUUUUAAAGACAGCAUAGCUCUAGAUACAGCGCCUCCAAGAUGGGCAUCAUGUAAAGUCUUUGUCAAAGGAACCAAAGACUGAGGAAGAACUUGUAGCCCAGCCUGGUAGUUUUGGAAGCUUUGACAGCUUCAGCGUCAAGUGUUUGGCGUCCCUGCAAACACAUGGCACGUUGUCAAGGUUAUGGAAGCCCAGAGCACGUGACUGGGAUUAGUGGGUCGGUCAUACGACAGAUGGGCUGACGCUGAGUGACAUGGUGUUGACAGUGAGCUGACCUUCAUGAGAAAAGGUCAAAAUAAACACACACACACACAAAAAACCAACACCACUGCACAAAUAUGGCCAGUUUAUUUUUGGUGCACUUUAAGCAGCAGCUUGAGAAGAAAAAAAAAAGUUAAACAAAUUCAAAUUCAAUCGUGUUUGCAUGAAUUUUUUUCUUUGAGGAGCCCUGGAAAAGCAUUUCAUCCAUCUCAUGCAUCCUCCACCAACAAUAAAAGACGCACAAAUAUGUACAAGU